AUUUUUCUAAUACAACAGUUUCAUGAAUCGAAAUUUCGUUUCCCGCACGCAUUUUUUCUUGGAAUUAGACCCGUCUACGAUCCAAUUCAAUAUCCUAUACGAGGCCAUCAAGUAAUAUUGCUCACGAGUCGAAAGCAAAGGAAAGUACCACAAUCAGAAGAGAUGUUCGGGACAACUUCAAGUGCAUUUGGAGCCACAUCAGCUGGUUCUAGUCUGUUUGGUUCAACUGCUACGAACGCUGCCAACCCAAAUAAAGACUUGGAGGUCUCUCAGCCGGGAGAUGAUACAAUUAGCUCAGUUCAAUUCAGUCCAAAGGCAAAUUUUCUUGUUGCUUCAUCUUGGGACAACAAUAUAAGAUGUUGGGAAAUACAGCAAACUGGUCAAAGUGUAGCCAAAGCAAUGCAGAGUCACACAAAGCCCAUUCUGGAUUCUUGUUGGCAUGACGAUGGUACCAAAGUUUUCACUGCUGGUGCCGAUAACAUGGCUAAAAUGUGGGACUUGCAAUCCAAUCAAGCAACACAGGUUGCUCAACACGAUGCACCUAUCAAAACUUGUCAUUGGAUACAAGCUCCAAAUUAUCAAUGCCUUAUGACCGGAAGUUGGGACAAGUCUUUGAGAUUUUGGGAUCUCCGACAGCCAACACCAGUUUUAUCCCUUGAUUUGAAAGAAAGAUGUUACUCUGCUGAUGUAGUUUAUCCUAUGGGAGUUGUUACAACGGCACAGAAAGGAAUCAUUGUCUAUCAGCUCGAAAACACUCCUUCAGAAUUUAAGCGUAUUGAAUCCCCUUUAAAGUAUCAACAUAGGUGUAUAUCGAUCUUCCGAGACAAGAAAAAUGCACCCACUGGUUUUGCACUAGGCUCCGUUGAAGGGCGAGUUGCCAUUCAAUACAUCAACCCGCAGAACCCGCGUGACAACUUCACGUUCAAGUGUCAUCGCACAGAUGUGACAACUACGGCCCAGACGCAAGACAUAUUUGCUGUAAACGACAUCGCGUUUAACCCACAACAUGGUACCUUGGCAACGGUUGGCUCAGAUGGCAGGUUCAGUUUCUGGGACAAAGAUGCAAGGACAAAAUUGAAAACAUCAGAACAAUGUCAACAGCCAAUCACUUGUUGUGGAUUCAAUUCCACUGGGGAUAUAUUUGUUUAUGCUGUUGGUUAUGAUUGGGCAAAAGGCCACGAGUAUUUCAAUCCGCAGACAAAACCUGUAAUCUAUCUAAGAAAAUGUUCGGAUGAACUAAAACCUCGAAAUAAGAAGUAGGCUUUCGCAUAAUGGUUUGAAUCUGAUUUUGUCUGGACAGAUUUAUUGUAACCGUAAGCCUUAGAGACAUUUUGAUAGAACUUAGUAGUCGAAUUCUUCUGUCAUCAGUGGAAAUUCAACUUAGUUCUUGGGACGUAACUUGUUAUAAAAAUGCCAAAGAAUACAGAAUGUAAACAGUUUUGAUCGUGUUAUUUUCAGACAUCGCUGCCAUAAAUAUUACGUCAACAAUAUGCUCUUCAAUCAGUGAAUGAAAUAUUGUUCGUUUCUUGAAUGCUUUAUUCUAGCCGCUGUUUUAGUCAACCAUGAUUAAUUUUUCAUACCUGUUUUCGUAGCUAUUUGAUUUGUCCAAUUGCAGUACCUGUUUGUUGUUAUAGAGCUUGAAUCCUAGGCCCUAAGCUGACGUAUUUUGAUGCAAAAGGUGUACGUUGCACGUAUCAUUCAUAAUCCUUGCUGUUAAUCUAGUUUUAUUGAAAAUUUUCGUGGCAAACUUUAGAAGUUUUAAUUAACCAAAUCUUUGCUCAUACCGACCAGUAGACAAUUGUAACCAUAAGCAAAGAACAUGCCUGGAAGGAACAUUGCAAGGACAGGAACAAUACUGAAAAUAUUUCCUGCUUUGCUUAAAACCACUAAUCCAGGAACAGAUGCUAUCCACACUGGAUCCUGGUAAUGUGAGUAUAAAUGUUGUUGUCAAGCACAUUUUAAGAUAAGUAUUUCAGUAGUAGCUUAAUACCGAUGCAUAAUUUUGUAAAACGAUUAUUGAACAGGUUCAUACUAUCAUUCGAUAACCAAGUUGGCUUGUUUGUUUGAAUAUUAUUCCCUUUGGUAAAUAUUGUUAUUCUUUUUCGUAUACACUACCGCUUUUUGUGGGUUAGUAAACUACGCUGCCUCUAUCUGGUGAGUUAAAAAGCCACGUCUCACUUCAUAUCCGUCAGCUUAUUUGUCAACGUCACGAGUAUGGUUUGAAUUUAAAGAAAAGAGGGUCAAAUUGUCGAUCCUCAAUAUUCUUCUAAAAUUCAUCCUUAUCAAAAAUUGUGUAAUGGG